AGCUGUGUUCCGAGGCGAUCGUGCUACGGAUGCGAUAUCUUAUCAGUAUGGAAAUACAGUGGUUGUUUGUGGUGUUGAUAUUUGAAUUUACUGCGAGUGGUUUAAAAGUUGGUGAGCCAAAUGUGUGCCAGUACGGGCGAAGACGUAGAACCAGUUGUUGUAUCGGAUACAAAUAUGAUAGUAGCAGUGAUUCCUGCCGUGCAAAAUGCAAAGACGGCUGUAUCAAUGGUACGUGCGUCACACCAAACAACUGCGUCUGCACACCACCAUUAGUCCUUCUCAAUGGGAAUAAAUGUGUUAGCCCCAUUUGCGACCAACCCUGUACCCACGGACAAUGUACUUCAAGAAAUGUCUGUACUUGCGAGACAGGAUAUGCACAAGUCGAUCAGUUUACAUGCAAACCAGUUUGUGACCCAACCUGUGAAAAUGGAAAAUGUGAAGCCCCAAAUAUAUGCACUUGUAACGACGGCUAUACAUUAGUCAACAAAACUUGCCAACCUGUAUGUAACGAAUGUAAUAACGGCGAAUGUAUCGCUCCAAACGAUUGUAAAUGUAAUACAGGAUAUACGAAACAGGAUAGUAUCUGCCUGCCUGAUUGCCAACGUCCUUGCGUUAAUGGAAUUUGUUCUGGACCUGAUAAGUGUUCAUGUAAUGUCGGCUUUGCUAUCAAUCCGUUGGAUAGAUUUAAUUGCCAACCCGUCUGCGAAACACCAUGCGUUAACGCUACGUGCGUUUCUCCCGGCACGUGUUCUUGUUUCUCUGGAUAUUUGCCGCUUAAUGAUACAGUCUGUACACCAAAAUGUGACGACUGUAUACACGGAGAUUGCAUAGCUCCAAACGAAUGUAGAUGUCAUAAAGGCUAUGUUUCAGAAAGUGGUAAAUGUGUGCCGAAAUGUGACGGUUGUAGUAAUGGCAUAUGUAUAGCUCCAAACACCUGUGAUUGCGAUAAUAGUUACAGCCUUUCCAAUGGCACCUGCAAGCCAGUUUGCAAUCCUGAAUGUGUUAAUGCAAUAUGUGUUGGACCAAAUCAAUGCAGAUGUUUUGAAGGAUUCCAAAGUAUCAAUAGCUCAACUUGUAAAAGACACUGUGAUAACUGUAAAAAUGGAAAAUGCUUGGAAGGCAAUUACUGCUUUUGCAACGAGGGGUACAGUUUGGUGAAAGGGGUUUGCACUCCAAGCUGUUCUUUGCCUUGCGUGAACGCAAGAUGUGCGGCACCGAAUACUUGCGAAUGUCUGGAAGGCUAUAAACGAAAUGAGACAUCACCUAAUAGCUGUUUCAAAGCCUGCAUCUGUGAAAACGGGAGAUGUAUCGAAGAUAAAUGUAUUUGUGAUGCUGGUUACGAAAAGUUGGGUGGCAAUUGCACUGAGAUAAGACCGUGA